CCACGACCUGCAAAGUUCCAUUCGCGCAAACCGCCACAGGGAGAACAAGGGUUCAGAUAUCUCUCAAUCGCGCGCUACACUUCGCCGUCACCACAGCCCUCCCCAUUCCACGCCAUGAAGCGAAAAGCUGUUUCUGAAGCCGGAGAUGCUGACAGCAACGAGUAUCUCGACAAAAAGCCCAAAAAGAGAAAGACUAGCAAGAGGAAGACCAAAAAAUUAAGUAUACCUGAGGCCUUCCCGGAUGACGAUAUUGCCAAGUCAGAUGCUCCUCCGCAGAGCGGACCUCCCAGUCCGCCUAUUCAUCAGUCCACCACGGGUGCGCAAAUGCCAGGAACUUUCCCUUUUGACGAACAAGUUAAUGGCACCGACAUCAUUGAUGAUGCACCUCUUGAAGAAGUUGCCACGGACGUUCAACAGGACCAAGCUAGGUUCUACAUAUCACUACGCUUUCUUUCGCCUCUCUCAUCUUCAGACAACAUUGCCAAUACUUGCGGUCAUGAUCUCCACCCCCUCGCAGGCCACGACCAUGAACGCUGCCCUCCUUGCCUGGUCGAUUUUGUCAUGCGUGAGUUUGACAUUUCUGCCAAACGCCUUAAACAUGGGGACUGGCAUCUUCGAGCGAUUACCGACGAAAAUGCUCAUAAUAUAGUCAAAAAAGUCAUUAGAGGCGAAGGCAAAAAGGGAAACCGGUUGUAUGUGCAAGGCUGGCGUGCUCACUACGUUAUCUUCCUCGAAAUCAUCACGCAAUGGGAAAAUCAACUAUCAAAAGAGAUGGAAUGGGCAGAAGAGCACCCAGAAGUCAUCUCGUCGAAUCCACCCUGGGCGAAUCACACUUGCGCCAAAGGUCUCGAGCGAUGGGCUUCCGUCCGCGAUAACUCCCAAUUCCAGCACGCCCAAACAUUCUCCGAACGCAACGCCUACGAGCGCGCGAAGAAUCUUGCCGCAUACAUUCAUAAUCCCACCCAUAGCUCCUUAGACGACAACUCGAGCAGCGCCAUAUAUCCUCCAAUCCGCCCAAUAUCCCGCUCGCCGUCCCGCUCGCCGUCUUCGGAGCCCCAUGACACCACUCCCUGCACUAAACGUGCUCUCCGCUCCGGAAUCCACGAGACCGGCGUCGGUUUCGCGAAUCACCUUUUCAUUCGCUCCGAAUCCGACGUCGACACCCUCCGAAUCCUACCUUCCUUCACAAAGUCCAACCCUCACAAACACGAUCCCUCUUUCAAGCCCCGAAGCAUCCUCCGUACAACCCCCCAUCCAGGCACACCAUCUGAUCCCGAGCACUGGCAUCCGGUCAGAGGAGCGUACGAGGUGGUAGAGGACACGGGAGACUUUACAUUCCCUGCAAAAAGGAAGUACACUUCUUUCAACGCAGCUGCUAAGAUGUUUUAUAACCUGCGGCUUUACGGGGAGAGAAAAGCGAGAGUGAAUACUAGUCUCUGCAGUAGUGGGUGGAGUGGCGAUGAUGCUUGGGAGGCUGCGGAGGAAUAUGUACGAUGGAUGAGCCAGGAAGCGGAGGAGUGGGAUGAGCAAGCUCAGAAGAAACAGGCGGCGCGUGUUUGA